AUGUCUUGUGAUAGUAGCCUAAAAAGAAAACAUAAUGAAGUGUCGAUAGAGGUUAAGUUAAGAGCAAUCCGUGAGAUUGAAAAGGGAUCUUCGAUUUAUGAUAUUUGCAAUGAAUUGAAAGUACAUCAUAAUACUGUCAAGUCAUGGCUAAAAAAUAAGGAAAAAUUCGUGAAGUGGUCUGCUGAGCGUGGUAAUAAUAAGCUGAUGCCGAGAAGACGUUUAAGCCAUGAAGACAAUAAAAAUGUCAAUCAUGCUAUGUGGAUUUGGUUUCAAGAUAAACGUCAAGCGGGCGUUCCAAUAAAUGGACCUAUGAUCCAAGCUCAAGCUUUACGAUUUAAUUCAAUAUUUGGUGGAAAUGAAGACUUUAAGGCAAGUAACGGGUGGUUACGCAGCUGGAAAGAAAGACACGGAAUUCGUGCAUUGACUAUUUGUGGAGAAAAGUUAUCUGCAAAUAUUGAGGCAACUGACCCUUUCAAAGAGAAAUUUUUAAAGUUAUGUUCAUUACAAUCGAGAGAGAUAGAGUUUUCUUUCUCUCUCUAUUGUAAGUUAGUGGGGGAACUCCUGUAAUCUGACUUCCAGGAAAAAAUGGCACAUUCACC